AUGCACGCAAACAAGGUGGUGUUCUGCACAGGUGGCGGCGGUACUAUCUGUUCUGCUCAAGUACAGGCGCUCGUAUCUCUUGGUGCAAACGCAUGCAUCGUCGGUCGAAAUGAGGAGAAGACAAACAACGUGGCAGAAAAAAUAGCGAGCACCCGGAAUGGGUCUCAUGUGCUAGGCAUAGGGAAUAUAGACGUUAGGAAAUUGGAUAGUUUGCAGGCCGCAGUCCGCCAAUGCAUCCAAACGUUGGAGCAUAUCAACUAUGUAAUAUACGGAGCGGCAGGGAACUUUCUUGCUCCUAUCGACAAGCUUUCUGCAAACGCGUUCAAGAGCGUUGUGGACAUUGACCUUCUUGGGUCCUAUCAUACACUCAAAGCAACCAUACCACAUCUUCUCGAGUCAGCAGCGCGAAAUACAAACCCAGGACGGACCAUAGGCGGACGGAUUAUUUUCAUAUCUGCCACAUUUCACUUCACUGGUGUUCCUUUUCAGGCCCACGUCGCAUCUGCCAAAGCCGGCGUCGACGCCCUUUCGGCAUCAGUUGCCCUGGAAUACGGCCCGCACGGGGUCACUUCAAAUGUAAUUAGCCCUGGUUGCAUCCAGGGAACCGAGGGAAUGGAGAGACUUUCCAGCAAAGAGAUGCGUGAGUCCGGAUCGGCCGGACGGGAUGUGCCGCUGGGUCGAUAUGGCCUUGUAAAGGAGGUUUCGGAUGCAACGGUUUACCUUUUCAGCGAAACUGGAAAUUACGUCAAUGGACACGUUUUGGUCAUCGAUGGAGGCGCGUGGCGAUUGCCUGGACUUGACGACAUCUCCAAGGGCUUUACCUACCCUGACAUUGUGCUACAAGGUGCGGAUCUACAAGGUGAUAUCAAGACUGGGCGCAGGUCGACGUCCAACAUUUAG